AUGUCGAUAGUAAAACCUAUAGACGCGUCUUCAGUACAUAAAAUAUGUUCUGGUCAAGUUAUUUUGGACUUAGCAACUGCUGUAAAAGAACUUGUGGAAAACAGUCUUGACGCGCAAUCCACGUCAAUCGAAGUAAAGUUUAAAGAAUACGGUUUACAUUCGAUUGAAGUAAUUGAUGACGGCACAGGAAUAAAUAAAUCUAAUUAUGAAAAACUUGCACUUAAACACUAUACGUCCAAGCUUACUAAUUUUGAGGAUUUGAUUAAAAUCGAUUGUUUUGGAUUCAGAGGGGAAGCCCUCAGUUCUCUUUGUGCCUUGUCAAAAGUUACAGUCAUAACAAGCACUCAAGAAGAAGUUCCAACUGGAAAUAAGUUAGAAUAUAAUUUUAAUGGUGAACUUAUAAAAACAACUUCGGUCGCACGUGAGCGAGGCACAACAAUAAUAUUACAAAAUCUAUUUGAAUCAGUUCCAGUUCGAUAUCGAGAUUUUAAAAAGAAUGUAAAACGCGAAUUUGGAAAAACUUUAACUUUGUUACAAGCCUACGCUAUAAUAUGUAAAAAUGUUAAAAUAAUCUGUACAAAUCAAUUAAAUAAUGG